UCCGCCCGUCGGGGUCACGUGGCGAGGCCGCCAUAGCGGCCAUCCGCACUGUGGGCAAACCGCACUAAGCUAUCCUUCUGCCCUCCGCUCUUACCCGGGCUUCGCGUCCGCCCGGGUGGGCCUAACACUUAUUCCUAUCCUUCACCGCCGCCAACCUCGCUGUCUUUCUGACCCUUCCGACGUUGGGGGUCGCGCAGGAAGGGACAUGAGUGACCGGAAGUGGGAGCCAUGAGCAUCUCCUCCUGGAGCUCAGAUGCUGGAGUCGCUGGCUGGACCACCGCGACGCACGCAUGGAGAGCACUGGGCGUCGAGCUGCGCACCGACAGCUAACCUGGGCACCCGGGCUCUGUGGGGCGGGGUCUUUGCAAAACCUACCGCCCUCCUGGGGCGCGGGAACAUGACUCUAGAUCAGGAGCCCGCUGUGGGCAAGGCGCCCGGCACCCGGGCCUGCCCUACUGGCUGGUGAAUCCCUGGAGCCCGGAGACUGGUAACUGGCGCGAGCGGACGUGUGCGCACACGCGGGGCCUCCGCUGACACGUGGCUGGGAGCAAGGGAGUCGCUGCGCGCGCGAAGCGCCAUAGUAUAGGCCCUCGGCCCAAGCGACCCUCCGCCUUCCCUCCAAGUGUGAUGAAGGCUGGUGCUAUCAUGGGAUGCGCCUUGCGGCCCCACUCUCCUCCCUAUUACUCAGAGCAGCCAGGGAGGGGCCUGCGCGCAUCUGUCAUCUUGGGACAGACUGAUCUACCUUGAGUCCCUGCUCUCUAUCAGCAUAGUGGCCUCUCCCUGCAGCCGGUGUCAGUGGCAGCAUGGUCUUCUGUUUGGAAAACGAGAUGCCACACCGCCUGCUGCGAAGCACCAUGGUCCACUUCCAAGCCUCUGAGGUCCAGCAGCUGCUUCACAACAAGUUCGUGGUCAUUUUGGGGGACUCCAUCCAGAGAGCUGUGUAUAAGGACCUGGUGCUUCUGCUCCAGAAAGACACACUGCUCACAGCUUCCCAGUUAAAAGCCAAGGGGGAGCUGAGCUUUGAACAGGAUCAGCUGGUGGCUGGGGGCCAGCUGGGCGAGCUGCACAAUGGGACACAGUACCGAGAGGUCCGCCAGUUCUGCUCUGGCUCUGGCCACCACCUUGUGCGCUUCUACUUCCUCACCCGAGUUUACUCCGAGUACCUUGAGGACGUCCUGGAGGAGCUGUCGUAUGGACCUGCCCCUGACCUCGUGAUCAUCAACUCCUGCCUCUGGGAUCUCUCCAGAUAUGGCCGCUGCCCAAUGGAGAGCUACAGACAGAACUUGGAACGAGUGUUUGUACGAAUGGACCAGGUUUUGCCAGAUUCUUGUCUGCUGGUGUGGAACAUGGCAAUGCCUUUGGGGGAACGUGUCACUGGGGGUUUCCUCCUGCCAGAGCUGCAGCCCCUGGCAGUCUCUCUGCGACAGGAUGUUGUUGAGGGGAACUUCUACAGUGCUACACUAGCUGGGAACCACUGUUUCGACGUCCUAGACCUCCACUUUCAUUUCCGGCAUGCUGUACAUCAUCGUCAUCGAGAUGGUGUCCACUGGGACCAGCACGCACACCGCCACCUCUCACACUUACUUCUGAGCCAUGUGGCUGAUGCCUGGGGUGUGGAGCUACCCAAACAUGACCCUCUCCCAGACACAUGGAUUGAGGACUGGCCAGAGAUGGAUCAUCCGUCCCAGGGAAGCCAUAAGCAGCCCCCAGACUUCAGGGAGAAGCUGGCCUUGCCCCUCCUCCCACCUUUCCAUUUGCCUCGUCCCAUGUCUUUUCCUUAUCCACGUCUUCAGCCCUCACCACCUCCCUUGUUCCCGCCCCUGCACCAGGAUGCCCCCUUUUCCCAAGGCCAGCCCUUUCGACGCUAUGAAUUCUUCAAACACAAUGCAAUGGAGGACUUCUCGGUGUCAUCUAACUUAGGAUGUGGCCCUGGAGUGAACUUUGUGCCUGGCCCCCUGCCACCGUCAGUCUCUGGCCCUGUCUCCCAUGGUCAACACCGGGGCCCCGUGGUCCACCGGGGCAAACCACGUUAUGUUCCCAACAACCCCUACCAUAUACCAAGGAUUGGGGGGGCAUGUAGGCAGAGACUCAGGCACUCAGACAGACUGAUCCACACAUAUAAACAGGACAGACGGGGACAUGCCCAUUCAGGGACAUGGCCUGGGUAGACAGGAUCUAGAGGUGCCAAUGGCCCUGAAGGGUCUGCCUGAUACCCUAGCUGUUGGGUUGGGGUAUUUUUGUCCACUGCUGAUAUCAAUAAAAGCAUGGAAGGA